AAGUGUCACUGCCACUCUCAGUCCCAAGCUACUCUGAGGCCAUGAAGAACCUGGUGGCCCUGUUACUGCUGAGCCUGCUGUAUCUGCAUGGCACUACAUCACUGGCUGAAGACAUUAACUCAGAUGCAGAAACGCUACCUGCAUUUUGUACCAGUUAUAAGUGUCCAAGGUAUCAACUAAUCAAAAAAUAUGAGAAAUUUGAACAUAGAAUUUAUAAUGCAACUAACUGGGUCACCACAUCUCUAAAGCUGGACUUCCUUGGCAUUGGACUAGCUAAAAGCUUCAAACGCCUGCUGGAUUAUAUCAAUGGGAAAAAUUCUGAAGGUCUAGUGAUGAAGAUGACUGUCCCAGUCCGUAUAAAGGUUCCACGGAGCGAUAUUUUAUCUACUAACGCUACUAUGUCAUUCUUUGUGCCACCAGCUGUGGACACUCUGCCCACUCCCCUAAACCCUGAUAUUUAUGUUGAACAGCUCCCCGAAAUAUCAGUAUAUGUCAGAUCAUUUGGUGGCUAUGCUCUGAACUCCGACUAUGAAAAACAAGCUAAAAUACUUGUUGAGGAACUGGAGGCCCUGGAACUGUCUUAUAAUAGCUCCUAUGGGACGGCUGCAGGCUACAAUGAUCCCUUAACAUUUUUCAAUCGUCACAAUGAAGUUUGGUACAUGGCACUGUAAAGGAGGAGACAGAUGGAUGCUGUUUCUUUGGCAACUGAAUGUCAGUAAAGCGUCCAUGUGUAAAAAUGCAUCCUGCAACAUUCAUUAAUAUAAAUAACAUUAAAUAUAUCAAACCUCA